AUGGCUGCGGGUGAUCGGCACAGGGAGUUUGGCAGCAGAGGAGAUUGCACCUUAAUGAAGCCUCAUCAAGGCCAUCAAGAGCACCAUCAUAAGAAAUUAGGUGUAUCACUUAGAAGUUCUCAGUAUCUUGACAAGUUUUAUGACAUUCUUUGGUUGAUAGAACUUCUACAUUCAAAUAACAUUGCCUUUUCUCCAUCAACCCCUUUCGUCAACGCAACUCAUAUUCACGCGAAAAGGGCGUGUGACGUCACAUCAAUUGAGAACAGUACUACCCAUGAAAGUCGCCCUCUGCAGCAAGGAGAUGUGCAUUAUUUCAGGUGGGAGAUAGAGAAGGAGUUUGCGGCUUUUGCCUCUGUGCUGGAAGAAAACAAUGAUGAGAUGGAGGACAAGGAGUUUAUUUUGAGGAUUAUAAAGAUGGACCCCAGGGAUAAACCAAGAGCAAAAGAGCUUCUUGAAGAUGAGUGGUUUAAUGGAGUUGAAUAA